GUCAUCUGAAUUUUAGAAUUGUCCUUUGAAGCAGUGGAUGACUACAUCUGGAGGAAGGCGAUGCAACAUAGUGGAAGUCAGCUGCCAUGAAAUACUAAAGCUUAAAGGGCUGUUUCACCCAAUUCUUUUGUUACACCUUGUUUAAAUGAAGCGUAAACAAUUCUGAUGCUGCUGUGUUUGUUGAAUUCACAUUUUAUUGUAGAGUUUUGACCUGUUUCUUAAAAUUGAUAAAACAUUUUUUUAGAUCUUUUACUCAUAAAACUUGUUAUAAUUUACAGAAACACAGUGAAGAACAGCGUAGGGCUUUUAUUUUCUUUAAAGCCAGUCAUUUAGAUGUCAAUCUUUUGUCAAACCCAACUUUCUCUGUUGUUGAGGUAAUGAGACAUGUAUCUCAGAUCCAUUGUCUGAUGAUCAAAAAACACAUGUAUCUCUGGAUAUUAGUAAAAGAAAAAAUGUUAUAUUUUUGGGGCAGUGUCUCAAACAGCGAGUCAUGACACCAAAUCUUAGACCCUCCAUGUGCCUGGGGCAACACAUUUCCAUAAAGUAAUUCAAAUAUACACACACAGCAAAUUGUACAUGUUUAUUAGUUCAUUUAUUUCGAUCACAGGAAUUCACAAAUAAAUGCAUGUACAUCUGUGUUGACACAUUAAACACAUUCUUAUAAAUUAAAUAGCAGCAUUCUGCAACAAAGAAAUAGACCGAAAAGGUGUAGGCUGAAGCUUAUUUUGCCUACCCUACAUGUAGGUACUUAUGUUACCUGUCAGCGUGUGAUUUAUAAAACAAAAACCCUUAUAAUUAAAAUAAGGAAAAUAUAUUACUCUUUUCAUAUAUGUAUUCAUAGUCCGGAGUUUAAAUGUUUUUUGAGUUCAAAUAGUACAUAAUUUCAAUUCCUCUGUUCCACACAUUCACAGCUGAUAUACAAUUUUUCUUCAAGUUUGUUCUAAAUGUUGUUGUUUUUUUUGUUUCCUCUGAGCUGAUAGUGACUCCCUCUGGUUGUGAAAAGAUUAUGUCUUGUAUUUGUCAGGAGAUCAGCUUUUGUUUUAUACAUAAAUAUGUGUGAUGAGCGUCCCACCCUGAAGACAUCAAAACAACAAUAGCCAGUUAUAGUCAAAGCUUUUUAACAAUUUUAACAAUUUUAACAAUUUCAUCAUAAGUUGAUCUGGUACUCCUCAGAAAUGGUCAGCAAAGAAGUAAGACCAUGAGGUCCUUCACUAAAUGUAGUACAAGCACAUUGUGGACACUUUAAUGCACUCCCCAACCUCUUACCCUAAUCUUAAUCAUCACAAAUAACCCUAAGAGCAAUUACUAAUUCUCAGAAUGCCUUCUAAAGUUGUGAGGACUAGACAAAAAUGUCCUCACAAGGUCAAAAUGUCCUCUCAGAGAUAGGUUUGAAUCAAAAUGUGUCCUACUUUACGAACACACACACACACAAAAGUGCAAUGUCUUUGUAUGCACUCCACUCGUCCCCACUGCACACCUGCAGGUAGGUAAAGGUAAACCCCCAGGGGUGGGAUGUGGGCACCACAUGUGACUUGAUGGUCAGUUGUAUGUGUGGAUCAGACGGUGCACAGCAGAGCAGCGGUUAUGGCUCAGGUAAAAGCAGACUGUGAAGAGGUUUACUCUGACAUGGCAACCGUCAGUUCCAGUGCAGGUGAGUCCAAUAAAUAGUUUUUAGAUUAGAUAAAAAUAUUUUAAUUCAGCAAUGGUUACAUUCCGCUUACAUUCAGUAAUUACAAUUAAGGUGCUGUACAGUGGUUGACUAGUGAGUUGGUUUUAGAGGAAUUAUACAAGAAUGUGUGUAUGGAAAUAUUAAAAUGUGCUAAUUAUAAGCGCUGAUUUUUUUCUCUUCCACCACUAUUUACAGCUUUGUAUUUUAUGUUAGUACAUUUUUAUAGAUUUUAUAAUUAUGUUUAUUUUACAUUUUUGAGACAGUUUGAAGAGUUCACAAACUGCCAGGUCAGCAUCCACUGUCUUUUCCAGCUAUGACAACAUGAAUAGACGAGGUCACUCCAGUCUACCUUUUUGACAAAUUAGUCACUUUGUUAGAGACUGUGCUUUUAAUCUUUGUGAAAUCCUCCCGUUUCUGGCAUUUCUUUCUCACGAGCUCGUCUUUGGCAGCUAAAGCUCUCGGGCUCUCAGGUUGCCUGAUGGCAGUGGGAACCAUUAAGUCACUGUAAUCCCUCCUUUUUCAGAGAGUCACUGGUGAAAUGUGCGCUUAGAAUUUAGGGACACUUGUUUUUAUCACACCCAACCACCCAAAAGAAACUGGAGAAAAGUCUUUUCAGCAACACGCCUUGACCUUUUCUUCCCCCUCCUGAAAACAGAUAUAGGAGUGCCGGUGAGGAAGGGAUCAUUAUGUGAGACCUCCAUGGUUGCUGGUCUCAGCCGGCGCAGCAGGGUUUACCCCUCCCCAGCGAGGAGACGCCACCGCACCACCUUCAGCCACAAGCAGCUGGAACAGCUGGAAGUGGCCUUUGGACAAAACCAGUAUCCUGACAUCUUCUACAGAGAGGAGUUGGCUCGCAUCACCAAACUCAACGAGGCUCGCAUACAGGUGUGGUUUCAGAACAGAAGAGCCAAGCAGCGUAAGCAGGAGCGAGCCUCUCAGAAGAUCCUCUCAGUGGGUGUGAUGUCAGGCCACAGGUCUCUGCUGGGAGGCAUGCAUGUCCAGCCCUCCAGCAUGGCUCGACAGUACUACACGCAGCCCCUCGCUCACAUCCCACGCCUUUCCCCCAUGUUGUCCUCAGGGACAUACUCCCCACACCCGGGUCCGGUCAGCCAGUGCCCGUGCCCCAGCAUCCCAACUCAGCCGGCCUCUCAACGCCAGCACGAUGACUGGUACAGCCCUCUGAUGGGCAACCUCCCCUCUACCAUGUUCUCACUGGCCUCCAUGCAGCCUCUGGACCCAACCUCUCACUGGAGCUAAGAUGUAACCACGUGAAUGUGUAUUUUUUUUUUUUUUUUUUUUUUUUACAAUAAAACACAUUUAAAUGAUUGAUUUAGUCUGUAGAUUUAAAUGUGUUGCAUUGCUUUCAAACGUGACUCUUCAUUUUCUGUUGCAGACAUCUCGCUUUGGACUGAAGUUUAUGUUGCAGGUUUUUGUUCACAUUUACUUUAAACUGAGCAUGAAGCU